UCUCCCUCUCUUACAAAUCCCCCCAAAAAGAUGCUUAAACCAUAAGAAAGCCAAAUCUCAAAUCUUUUUGCCUUAAUAUUAGACUAUUUAAUCUCUACUAUUAAUUAAUUACCAAAGAAAUCUUCCUAAUGGAGUAUUUAGGAAAACCAUUUACAGGUAUCAAAAGGAAAGGUUUUUAAUAACUUUGAAAGAGAGAGAGAGAGAAGAGAUGUUCUUAAAAGGAUGAAUGAACAAAACAUCCUCUGUUUCUCUCUAUUCACAUUUCCUCAUCUGGGUCUUCUCCAUUAAUGAUUUCAAGAACAUCCAAUUUCACCAUUUGAUCAGGACAAGAACAAAUACAACAAGAUCAGGUUCCGUCUUAGAUUUUCAGACAACAAAAGCAGGAGGAGCUAAGAGAUGGAGUCGGAUCUAGGGAAGCUCUUCAUUGGUGGGAUAUCAUGGGACACAGAUGAAGAAAGGCUAAGAGAGUAUUUCACCAACUAUGGAGAUGUCGUUGAAGCUGUGAUCAUGAGAGACCGUGCCACGGGACGUGCACGUGGCUUUGGAUUCAUCGUGUUUGCUGAUCCCAGCGUUGCAGAGAGAGUCAUCUUGGAGAAACACAUCAUCGAUGGCCGCACGGUUGAGGCGAAGAAGGCUGUGCCACGAGAUGAUCAUCAACAGGUGAUGAAACGACACGCUAGUCCUAUACACCUUAUGUCACCUCUCCAUGGUGGUGGCAACAGGACAAAGAAGAUCUUUGUAGGAGGUUUACCGUCUAGCAUUACAGAAACGGAGUUCAAGAACUACUUUGAUCAGUUUGGUACAAUUGCUGAUGUUGUGGUGAUGUAUGACCACAACACGCAGAGGCCAAGAGGGUUUGGCUUCAUUACAUUUGACUCUGAUGAUGCUGUUGAUAGAGUUCUCCACAAGACCUUCCAUGAGCUCAAUGGGAAGCUAGUUGAGGUCAAAAGAGCUGUUCCCAAAGAGGUUUCGCUUGUUUCCAACACCCGAAGCCCUCUUCCUGGUGCUGGUUAUGGUGGCAGCUAUGGAGGUGGGUUUAAUAGGAUGUCUGUUAAUAAUAGCUACUUCAACAACUUUGCUCCUGCUUCUGGUUAUUACAACAAUCUAGGAGGCUCUGUUGGUGGUCGGUUUAGUCCUGUUAUUGGUAGCGGUAGAUUGAAUCAUGAGUUGAACUUGAACUUGAAUCCACGCUAUGAUGGAAUAACGUUUAACCGGUUCCCUAACAACCCUUACUUCAACAACGCUUCUCCAAGCCGUUACACCUCUCCAAUUGGACAGAACAGAACCGAGUCUCACUACAGUUCUAGCAACAUAGACUUGUGGGGGAACAGAACUGACAAUGCAGAACCCGGAUGGAACUUGAAUGUGUCUAGUGGAAACAACAGAGGGAACUGGGGACUUCCUUCUUCUGCUGUUGGUAAUGAUAACAAUGGUUAUGGAAGAAACUUUGAGACAGGCUCUGGACUUUCUGCUUCCCCUUUUGAAGGUUCUAUAGGAAACUUGUACAGAGGCGGUUCUGUUUACAGUGACUCAAUGUGGCGGCAACAGCAGCAGCAGCUACCACCACAGUCUUCUCAAGAGAUAGACGCUUUCUCUUACGGUUAUGACAUUGACAAUGUGGGCUCAGACCCAUCUGCAAAUGACUCAGAAAGUUACAAUGUUGGAAAUAGACAAACUAAUAGAGGUAUUGAGGCAUAGGUUAUCAAAACUGAAAGAAACAGCUAUACAUUGCAGUUUGAAGAGGUUCUUGUGACAAAGGAAACCAACUUUGUUGAUAACAGUUUUUGUGUUCUUAUAUAAAGAUAAGAUUGUAGCAGCAGUAAAAGAUACAACAACAUGAAUGAGUGAAGAUUUGCUUUCAAUGUU